AUGUCAAAGUCAUGGAAGGCGACGUUGAAGCUGCCCAAGUCCAGUUUUCCUGCUCGACCGAACCCGAAAUUUCGUCAACAGUAUCUACAAGCAUGUUCUCAAGAGCUGUACCAAUGGCAGUCAAGCAACCGACCCCAGCAAGAUCCCUUUGUUCUCCACGAUGGCCCUCCGUAUGCGAAUGGUCCCCUUCAUGUUGGGCACGCCAUCAACAAGAUCCUCAAGGACAUGAUCCUUCGCACCCAGGUGCUAGGGGGAAGGCGCGUCGUAUACAGACCGAGCUGGGAUUGCCACGGUCUCCCCAUUGAGAUGAAAGCCCUGGGAUCGAAUCCUGCUGCCAGCGGCCACGGUCCCGUCAAAGUGCGCCAAGCAGCAAGACGGCUGGCCGGCAAGGCCGUCAUCGAUCAGAUGAAAGGGUUCCAAUCCUUUGGGGUCAUGGCUGAUUGGGAUAACAAGUGGACUACCAUGGACCCCGAUUACGAGAUUAGGCAAUUGCGAGUGUUUCAGAAGAUGGUUCAAAACGGGCUCAUUUACAGAAAACGCAAGCCGGUGUACUGGUCGACGUCAUCUAGAACGGCGCUGGCGGAAGCCGAGCUCGAAUACCGUCAUGAUCACACUUCUCACUCUGCAUAUGUCAGAUUUCCCAUCCUUGCUGACGGCAAGCCUGUAUCGGAGCUGCGUGGGUUUGACGGUCCCAUCUUCGCAGCCGUUUGGACCACCACCCCUUGGACACUUCCGGCCAACAAAGCCAUCGCUGUCCAUGGCGACUUGACGUACUCGCUCUUGCAGAUUGACAACUACGGGCUCCUGGUUGCUUCAAGUCGGGUUGACGCGAUGCGUGGCGUGCUGCCCGAGUUUAGAGUUGUUGCGGACUCGAUCCGUGGCUCAGACCUGGCUGGAUUGCAUUACCGCAACAAGUUGCGUGGUGCAUCCUCCUCGGCGCAACCAGUCGUUCACGCAGAUUUUGUGUCGGCCGAAUCUGGCACUGGAUUGGUUCACAUGGCGCCUGGUCACGGCCAAGAUGAUUAUGAGGUUUGCGCCAGGCUAGGCAUCGAGGCGUUUGCGCCAAUCACUGACGACGGUUACUUCACCGAAGACGCAUAUCCGGACCAGCCUCAACUUCUCACUCAAGCUCCCAACAUUCUGGAGGGUGCAGGCAAAGCCGUCUUGGAUUUGAUUGGUGAUGACGUGCUGGCGACACAUCAGCUGGAGCACAAAUACCCUUACGACUGGCGUACAAAGCAACCUGUGGUCGUGAGAGCAACAGCGCAGUGGUUUGCUGAUGUGGGACGAAUCAAGGAGAUUUCACUAAAGGCCUUGAGCAACGUGUGCUUUGUUCCAGAGUCGGGCAGGUCUCGGUUGGAAAGUUUCGUAAAGGGCCGGAGCGAGUGGUGCAUCUCCCGUCAGCGUUCCUGGGGAGUUCCGAUUCCUGCCUUGUACGACCAAGACGAUGGUGCCGUCAUGGAUGAGCAGACGAUCGAGCAUAUAAUUUCCGUCAUGGAGCAACGAACGGCGCAAGCAUGGUUUUCAGACGCACCCGAGGAUCCUGCGUGGAUACCGUCGGCCCUGCAGGGAAGAGGAUAUCGCCGGGGAACAGAUACGAUGGAUGUGUGGUUUGACAGUGGCACGAGCUGGAUGGAGACCGAGACACCUGUGGAUGUAUAUCUCGAGGGAUCGGAUCAACAUCGCGGCUGGUUCCAGUCCAGCCUCUUGACCUAUGUGGCAAACCAGAGAGCAAAUGGGGUGCCAGACGAAAACAUUCAGCCGCCAUUCCGAACGCUCAUCACCCAUGGAUUCACACUGGAUGCCCAGGGUAAAAAGAUGUCCAAGUCUAUGGGCAACACUGUUCUGCCCGAGGAGGUUAUUGAUGGACGACUGCUUCCACCAGUCAGGAGCAAGGGCAAAGGUGGCAACGCUGGAUGUAAAGAGGCACCGCGGUUCGAUGCCCUCGGACCAGAUGCCUUGAGACUUUGGGCAGCCAGCAGCGACUUUACGUCGGAUAUCCUCAUUGGACCUUCCAUACUGCAGCCUAUCCAUAACGCCCUUGUCAAGUAUCGAACAAUUCUCAAGAUGAUCCUGGGUUCGCUACACGAAUCUAGUCGUCAUGCUCCGCUCACGCGGUUGGACCAGAUUGCAAUCAUGCAGCUGAGGGACACAAUGGCCCAAGUUUGGGAGGCUUUGAACAAGUACGAGUUCCACAAAGCAACAGCAUUGAUAAAUCGCUGGGUUGCGACUGACCUGUCUGCCUUUUACCUUGAGGGUCUCAAGGAUCGCCUUUACUGCGGAGACGGGGGCGGCGCUCUUGAACCCAUCCUGGUCGGGUUCCUGCGCAUGCUCGCUCCCAUCGCGCCCAUCUUGGUGGAGGAGGCGUGGUCGCAUCGUCCACCAUGGAUGGAAGACAUCUCUCUCAGCCCAACUCGACAGCUUUACCAGUCCCCUCUCCCGGCCACCGAGCGACUGACGGUUGAGCCGGCAAAGCUACGCAAAGACCUCGUUUACCUGACGGCCGUCCAUGAAGCAGUCAAGGCGGGGCUAGAGCAAGCUCGCGAGGCCAAAGCAGUAGGCAGCUCUCUCCAGUGCUCCGUUCUGAUCGAUACCGCGGACGAACAGGUGACGAGUAUCUUGGAAGAGUACAUUGACGAGCUUGACGCCAUCUUUGUGGUCUCGGAAGUGCAGUUGAAGAGUGAACCUGCGGAGAGUCAGUCGGCCUGGCGGUACUCGAGAGACAUCGAGCUCCUCGAGGGCUCCGUGGGUGGCACCGUGCAUGUCCUGCCCCCGCGGCUGCAGAAGUGCACCCGGUGUUGGCGCUACUUGGCGGAGCAGCCCGACGGGCUGUGCGGGAGAUGUGAAGAUGCAGUAGGGGAUGUAGCCACCGCUGGGUAG